UCAGGUGCUCCUUGUAUUCAGACAAGCAAAGCAUAGAAAUUCUACGACAGCUCCCUCAAUUUUCCUUGUUAUCAAAGUUUCCUGUUUAAUCUCGUUUUCCAUUCCUGAAAAUGUCUCUGAUUCCAAGCUUCUUUGGCAGCCGCCGCAGCAACAUCUUCGAUCCUUUCUCUCUUGAUGUUUGGGAUCCUUUCAAGGACUUCCCUUUCCCUUCUUCACUCACCACACAUACCCCAGAAACCUCGGCUUUUGUUAACACCCGGAUGGACUGGAAGGAAACCCCAGAAGCUCACGUCUUCAAGGCUGAUGUUCCAGGGCUCAAGAAAGAAGAAGUGAAAGUGGAGGUUGAGGAUGACAGGGUGCUGCAGAUAAGUGGAGAGAGGAACAUAGAGAAGGAAGACAAGAACGAUACUUGGCAUCGCGUGGAGCGUAGCAGUGGCAAGUUCAUGAGGAGGUUCAGAUUGCCUGAGAAUGCCAAGAUGGAUCAGAUCAACGCUUCCAUGGAAAAUGGGGUGCUUACUGUGACUGUUCCAAAACAGGAGGUGAAAAAGCCUGACGUUAAGGCUAUUGAGAUUUCAGGCUAGAAAAUUGAAGAUGAGUUGUGAAGGCAUCUCUCUCCUGCGACAGAUUAUCAAAAUAACUACUUUAAUAGAAAAAAAAAAGUUUGUGAGCUAUGAAGUGGGUGCCUCUUUCUCUGUCAGAUGAGAGUUUUGUUUGUGUGUGAUAAAUUAUUAAGUACUAUGUUCUUGUAUGAAGUUUACCCUUCUUCCUUGUUUUUGAAAUUGUGGAAUUUGCUUGGAGCAAGUACAAUUUGUCAGAUAAUGAAUGUACAAUUGAAUGUGACAACGUACUUAAAUGAAAUAUACAUAGCACCCUGGUCUAGAAUUGGAAAAA